AGAUGACGACAAUACAAAAUCAACAACAGCAGCAGUAGCAACAAAAUCGACAGCAGCGACAGUCACUGCGACAGCAACAACAACAGCAGCAGCAGCAGCAGCAGCAAUACCCACGCCACCUCCAAUGCCAGAUGAAUGUGAAGAGUUUCCUAUGCAUCGUAGCGUUUUCGACAAUGAUAUACGCACACUACAGCGACGACUACUACUAAAUAGCGCUGUACAAGAGGUGGCCAGCAAGGAUCCCCAUGGAAAUACUCCACUGCACUUGGCCGUCAUGCUUGGACGCGCCUGCUGUGUGCGCUUGCUGUUGGCACACAAUGCGCCCGUCAAGGUAAAGAAUAAUGAGGGCUGGUCACCGCUGGCGGAAGCUAUUAGCUAUGGCCACAGGCAGACCAUAACACAACUGCUGCGCAUGCUCAAGCUACAAUCGCGCGAGCACAUGGAGAGUCGACGCGAGCGUCUGGUGGAUGCACUACGGCAAAUGCAAGACUUUUACAUGGAGUUUAAGUGGGACUUUCAGUCCUGGCUGCCGCUGGUGUCACGCAUUCUGCCCUCGGACAUUUGUCGUCUGUACAAAUGUGGUGCCGACAUUAGGCUGGACACAACGCUGGUUGACUUUAAUGAGAUGCGCUGGGACCGCGGUAAUAUAUCGUUUCUGUUUCGCGGCGCAGCGCCGCCAAACGAGUCGCUGGUGUUGCUGGACAAUGAGCAGCAAUGUUAUCAGCGUUUGCGUUACGAGGAGUCCGACAUGGAGGAUGAGGUGGAUGUGCUCAUGUCCACCGAUAUACUGGCCACACAAAUGUCCACCAAGACCAUACAGUUUGCGCGCGCUCAACGUGGCUGGCUGUUUAGGGCGAAUCGUAAGGAGCUAAUUGGUGGUCAGUACCAGUGCGAGAUUUAUACAAUACAAGGGCUGGUGCUGAAGCAGCGCAAACGUCGCGAGCACUUGUCGCAUGAGGACCUGCAGAAGAAUCGCGCUAUUGUGGAGACAAUCACUAAGGGUGCACAAUCGGAUGCCACGACACCCACAAAUGGCAGCAAUCUGACGCUGCCGGAACUGCCACGUCGUAGCUCACUGCCCCCGCCGGCGGCAACCAAUGUGAGCUGGACGCAGUACAUUGAGUCGCCACCUGGCAAAUGUCCGCAGCUGGGUCGCACGCCUGUUAACAAGCAAUCCAAUAAAACGCUACGCGCUACAGUUGCCAUGAGUGCGGACUUUCCGUUAAGUGUGGACAUGCUGCUGGAUGUGCUGGAGGUGGUGGCGCCACUUAAGCAUAUUACUAAGCUGCGUGAGUUUGUUACGCUGAAGCUGCCACAAGGGUUUCCCGUCAAAAUUGAAAUCCCAGUAUUGCAUACGGUUACGGCCAAGGUAACAUUUCAGAAAUUCGAGUUUCGUGACAAUAUACCUGCUAAUCUGUUCGAGAUACCCUCCCACUACUGGGAAGAUGUGCGACGCUUUCAAGACUUAUGACCUAGCGAUGAAUCAUCAUCAUCCUCAUCAGCGGCCAAUACGCCCAGCGCCAGCACCAGCGGUACAAGCGGCGGCAGUGCCGUCAAGCCAACCGAUUUGAAUCGCAACAGCAGGCGCGCAUCCCUUGGCGAGUUUGAUUGAAACAAAAUCAACAUAAAAAGAUCUAAUACAAAUAUUGCGAUUUCCAUCAUAAAUUAACUAAACGUUAAAUUAACAACAUAAUGCCCAAAUGUUGCGUACAAGUUGUUUGUUUUUAUUUGCUUAUGUUUAUAUAAAUGAAAAAACAACAAAUUUGUAACGGGCUUGCAAACGAAUUGAUUCGUUACUUGACAAAAGCGUUCCAAGAACUUUUAUAUAUUUACAACAAGUGUCAUUGCCUAUUAACACUAUUUAUUCUAUAGACUAUAACUGUACUAUAGAUAUAUAUUUAUUAGUAGAGUCUGUCAAUUUGUGUUGCCUGUAUUUUAUCAUGUCUUUUGAUUCAGUUUUUUUUUUUUUUCACUAACCAAACCGCUUGACACAUGCGUUCCAAAGUGCUGUUAAGGCUAAAUCUAAUCAGUUUCCUAUUAGUGUGCAAAAUCAAAAUACGUAUAUGUAGCUAAUUGUUGUUCAUCAUUUUAUGUACAAUGU